CGCAGCCAGCUCCGUCUGCUCAAAUUUGCGCCUAUUCCAUUAUUAAUGGCGCGUUUCUUCCCAAUAACUAAGCUUACAGGGAGAAGCAUGCAGCCUACAAUCAAUCCAGACGAGAAUCAGCUCUGGCACGACUUUGCAUUACUCGACAGGGUUUCUGUACAGGCUGCAGCCAAAUUUAAACGAGGAGAUAUAGUUACGCUGUUCUCUCCGAUUGACCCUAAACGCGUCUUGGUCAAACGAGUCGUCGCCAAGGAAGGUGAUAUCGUAGACACGCUACCGCCGUAUCCUGUUCCUCAAGUGCGUAUUCCAGAGGGACACGUCUGGGUGGAAGGCGAUGAUCCAUACCAUAGCGACGAUAGUAAUACCCUUGGCCCGGUACCAGCUGCGUUGAUCGAAGCCAAGUUGCUCUUCCUCGUCUGGCCCUUCAGUCGUAUCGGAUCGCUAAAGACUCCUUCGGCGCGAUAUAUCAGUCGCCUGACUAGAGGCAGUCCGGAAUACAAAGCUGCAGUGGCUGCUGUUGAGAGAGAAAAAUGG